AACAGCUGAGAUAACAACUUUAGCGAAUUGUGUUUUGGAUUGAGUUGUGUACAAAUCAAGUCGUGUGUAAAUUAUAAUCAAGUAACCGCAAAAAUGAUGCAGCGCAGCUGGCAAAGCUGGCGGCGAGGCUUGACCCUCGGCCUGGCCAGCAGACGCAGCUAUGUGGCCUCUGUGGAGGGACCACCACCGCCACCGGAGGAGUUGGACGCCUUUGAGCGUGACUACCUGAAGCAGCGCAUAGAGAUUACACCAUUUCAGAGGCUGCUUCUGGGUGCCGGCUCGUCCAUUGCCUCAUUGCUGGAUCCGCACAGGCACGACAUGAUUGCCUGCCUGGGCGAGACAACGGGCGAGUCUGCGCUUUGGAAUAUUCUGGAUAGCAUGCAGGCAACCGAGGAGGGGCGACGCAUCCUGAAGGAUAAGCCACGCAUCAACACCAAAACCAUUGAUUUUAAACGCUUGGAGGCGCUGCCGCCGAACACAUUUGGAGCCACCUACGCCAAGUUUCUCAAAGAUAACAAAGUGACGCCUGAUUCGCGCAUGGAGGUUCGCUUUCUCGAAGAUCCAAAGCUGGCCUAUAUAAUGACGCGAUAUCGCGAGUGCCAUGAUUUGGUGCACGCAGCACUCGACAUGCCGACAAACAUGCUGUGCGAAGUGGCGGUCAAAUGGGUGGAGGCCUUGAAUACCGGUCUACCAAUGUGCUACGGUGCCGCCGUGUUUGGAGCGGUACGAUUGCGACCCAGGCAGCGGCGAGAGUACUUGAAACGCUACUUGCCGUGGGCAAUUGAAAAUGGCAAGUGUAUGAGGCCACUGAUGCCCAUCUAUUGGGAGCAGCGUUGGGAGCAAAAUAUCCAUGAGUUACGCUGCGAAUUGGGCAUUAAACCCUUGCAAUAAAGUUUAUUUUCUUUUUAAA